CAGCCGCCCCCGCGCCGGGAGGGACACCGCGGCACGCAUCCCCAGCGCACCAACGAACAUGGCAUCUGCAUCGUGCUGUUCCCCCACCGCGGCCGUGUCCAGAGCGCCAAGAUCUGCCGCCGCGCCCAAGAAGCUCACGUGCCUCUGCUCGCCGACGAACCACCCGGGCUCCUUCCGCUGCAGCCGCCACCGGAGCCCCCGCGGGCGGGCAGCGCCGGCCGCGCAGGGCGGCGAGAUGGGAAGGCCGGGCAGGGCGGCGAAGGGGCGGUCCGUGCGCGCGCUUCUCCUGCAGAUGAUCAGCCCGUCCGACCGCGACCGCCAACGCCGCCGCCGCGGGGACUUCCAGCCUCGGCCCUCCAGGCUGCGCCUCAUGAACAUGUAACGCCGCCGCCGCUUCGAUCGUAGCUCGUAGGUUCUUCUGCCAGUGCUCAUCGUACGCUACUAUUUCGCGUGUACGCAUCGACACUACUUCUACAUGCUGUUGUCGUGUAAUCCUUGUUUUUUUUUCGAGAGGAAUCGAUGGAAUAGUUAUCUAUCUACAUGAUA